AAUUGUAUGAAGGGGGUUGGGAGAAGAAGGGCGGGUUUUGGAGUUUUUCAUUCCGGAAAAUCGGCCAGUGGCAAGUUUCUUUCAGCAAUUGUGAGCUAUCAGUCAGUCAUGUGGGUGUGAAUAGAACGUCUGACUCCACUUCGAUUUAAGAUAGGCAGCGUCCAUGGAUGUAUUCUUGAUUUAGGAUAGAAGAAUCGCACAUGCAGAUACUGUCAGAACUGAGUUUUACUUUUCCUGCUAUCUCUAUCUGUUUGCAUCUGGGAGGUGCAUUUGAGGCCUUGGACAGUGAGGAAGACGGAGGUGAAAAGUGCAAGAUGGGUAACUCAGACAGCCAGUACAAUCUGCAAGGAAAUAAAGGCAAUAUUGAGGGGAAGUCGAUGCCUAUUGGCAGGCAGAAGUCAUGUGCUCUCAAAAUUCGAAAUGUUCAUGCCAAUGAUGAAAAGUCACGCUCUUCUUUUGGCUGGGGAUAUAGUGGCAGCAGCAUAGGUUACAAAGCAAGAUCUCUGGGCAAAAACUGCCUUUUUCAGCACAAAAGCAACCAACGAUACACUUUCAAUAGUUCUGUACGUCACAGUGAGCCUACGAUGAGUAAUAGUAAAGCAUACGUCAGAUGCCUUCAAGGUCACCUGGGGAAAUAUGAUCACGCAAAUGAUAAUUUAUCUGCAAACAGUUUUCGUUGCUUUCAUCUUAACAAAAUAGACAAUCAUUUUAAAGCUCCAGAGUGCAAUGAGUAUGUUUUAAAAGGACAUAGGAUAACCGAAAAUAUAACUCAAUUCAAGAAAUCAGAAGGAGAAAGCAGUCCAAAGGUUCUCAUCAAAACUUUGGGGAAAUUUGAUGGGGAUGCAAGGGUUGAGUUUCACAGUAGCAGUGGUGAUGGUGGUAGCAAAGCACCCUGUGAUGAAUCCCAAGGGCCAGUUCAGCUUUUGAGAUAUUCUCCUGCAAUGGAAUUGAGUAAACGAAAUGAUGUGCAAUUUGAUGGUAGUAAAGGAAACCGAAUGGACCAGAGUGCUCUGCUUGGUGAGGAGCGAUUAAAAUCGAGCAAAGGUAGCUCGAUCAGCUCUGAAUAUUCCUGGCCGGAGUUGCCCUGGGGACACCAUGCUUACAUCAGUGAUUUUGAUAAAAUGCGCAUAAUUGAGAAAGUUACUGAGACAAGUAAUCUUGAAAGCAUUUUACCAAAUAAUGAAUAUCUCUUCCAAAGAUCAUCUCUCUCUUCUCUGCAAAUGCUAUACAAUGAUGCCAGUGUAGGACUUUGCAUACCUUCAGGGAAUGAAUUUUCAGUAAGCUGCAGAAACAUGGCUUUUAAUCCUCACAACUUGUUUGAUAGAAAAUUUUCUAACUGCAUGAGUGCUCUAUCUGACGAAGAGGAUAGAGGAAGCACACAAUAUACCUCUUAUACACUUCCAUGUCGAAAGCCCAAACACUUCUGUGAUGAUGGCUCUUCAAAAGUUGCCCUGAAAGGUCGAAUGCGGCGUUUAAGUGCUUGGACUGGCAGUCUCACAAGAAAGAGGAGGAAACUACAGGACUCUAAAUCCAAGGAUAUAAAUGAAUAUUGUGAUAGUGGAAUUGAUGGUGUGACUGUGGAUACUAGCUCUCCUUCUCAAAUAUCAAGUUUACUGUGGUCACCUGGCUUCAGCUAUACAUUGCCACCCAGAAGUAACUCUACCAAUGCAGUUGGUAAUGACGUCUUGAGACAGAGCAUUUAUGAGAACUUCAUGCGAGAGUUGGAAAUGGGCCAUAUGUCUUUGGAAAAUACAGACCAGUCUAUGGGAAGUGAAGAAACCAGCAGUGAUUCUUUCAGCUCCUUAGAACAGCUGGAUUUAUUGUAUGAAAAAGAACAGGGGUUUGUGCGAAAGGCUGGCUGGUUGUCUUUUAAACCUCUUAUUACACAUCAGAAGGAGAGAAAACUGGACCUUGCACCCUGCAGAAAGUGGAAACAAUAUUGGGUUUCUCUUAAAGGUUGCACCCUGCUGUUUUACGAAACCAGUGGUAAAAACCUCAUGGAACAGAACAGUGUCCCCAGAUAUGCUUUAUUUGCUGAAGAUAGCAUAGUGCAACCUGCACCGGAGCAUCCCAAGAAAGAAAAUGUGUUCUGUCUCAGUAAUGCUUUCGGCGAUGUUGUCUUAUUCCAGGCUACAAGCCAGACUGAUCUCGAAAACUGGGUUACAGCAAUACAUUCUGCCUGUGCGUCAGUGUUUGCAAAGCAACAUGGGAAAGAAGACACAGUCAAGCUACUAAAAAAUGAAACCAAAAACUUCAUGCAGAAGAUAGAUAUGGAUGGAAAAAUGAAGAAAAUGGCAGAGUUACAGCUAUCUAUUGUAAAUGAUCCCAAAAACAGAAAAGCUAUUGAAAAUCAGAUUCAGCAGUGGGAGCAUAAUCUGGAGAAAUUUAAUGUGGACCUGUUUCGAAUGCGUUGUUACCUGGCCAGCCUACAGGGAAGUGAGCUACCUAAUCCCAAGAGUCUCCUUGCAGCUGUCAGUCGGCCCUCUAAAUUGGCACUUAGCAGACUGGGGAUCUUUUCUGUCUCAUCAUUUCAUGCCCUGAAUUGUUCCAGAGAUGAAGCAACACUUCGAAAAAGAACAUUGUCCCUGUCUCAGCGGUUAAGAAGUAAAAAGAGUUUGUUCUCUUCACUGAAGGGAUUAGACGAUCUUGGAAGGAAAGGAAAAGAAAAGAGACCCUCAAUUAUACAGCAUGAACAAGAAGGAUCUUUGAACAUCCACUUUCCAGCACCAGAGGGUGGAAUCUGGGACAGCUGUCCAGAGUCUAGUGUUCGUGUCUGCUUCCCUGACAACCAAGUAGUGAGCAUGGCUAUUAAAUCAGACCAUACGGUGGGAGACCUACUGCUCAUGGCAUGCAAGAUAAGACAGCUGGAUCCAGUUCAUCACUGUGUUCGCCUUAGAAGAGUGGGGGACAGUAAUGUGGAAUAUGAUGUUCCUAAUAGUUUGGACUAUAUACAGGAGCAGGUAACAUCAUCUGUGGGGCCUCUGGAACAGUGUUGUUCUACUCCGCUUGGAACUUAUACUGUCUGGUCUGUUAUGUUAUUUGAUGAAAUAGAAAUCACCAUGAUGAAUAUUUACCACUUACACCUUGAGAGGAGUGGACCUGAAACUGCCUAUGGUUUUGCAGUUGCUGGACAAGUUGAUGGAAAGCAGCACAAUAAUUCUUUGUUUGUGAGUGAUGUGCUUCCUGAUGGGCUCGCCUAUAGAGAAGGUGCAAGAGUGGGAGAUGAGAUCCUGAUAAUAAAUGGUGAAAUGGUUGCUAAUCUACACGAUACACACAUUGAAUCGUUAUUUGCAGAGAACCACUUAAUACUGACUAUCAGGAGGUUCUCAUUAGACUGCAACCGAAUGUCAACAGACUGCAGCAAUUCACCAAACCAUGUGAUGGUCCCAACUCCUCCCAACCAAUCAAAAUUGCUGGAUGAGUUUAUUGACAACCUCCUUCCUGUCUCUUCUGAUUUCACUAGUGUACCAGAUGUACCAGCUCUAACAAGAUGUAUCACAACAGACUUUGUAGCGUCAUUGCAUCAGGAUGAAAAUACCGAAGCAUUCUUAAAGAGUACAGAGCUGGUUUCAACAUUCUGUCGAAGUUUACACGAGCUGCAAUCAUCUAAUAUGGAUGAGCAGAAGGAGAGCAUUGAUCAAAGUCUAAGACCAUUAGCACGGCAUCUCUCUGAUGCAGAGAGACUUCGGAAAGUUAUCCACGAACUUAUAGACACAGAGAAAUCUUACGUGAAGGAUCUGAAUUGUCUGUUUGAAGUGUACCUGGAUCCCCUACAAAAUGAAACUUUCUUAACACAGGAUGAGAUGGAGUCAUUGUUUGGAAGUUUGCCAGAAAUGCUCCAGUUUCAGAAGAUGUUUCUGCAGACACUUGAUGAUGGUAUUGCUUUAUCACCUGAUUUUAGCAAGCUGGAAACUCCAUCGCAAUUUAAAAAGCUCUUGUUCUCCCUGGGUGGUUCAUUCCUUUAUUAUGCUGACCACUUCAAACUCUACAGUGGCUUUUGUGCAAAUCACAGAAAGGCCCAGAAAGUUUUAGAGAGAGCUAAAACUUACAAAGCCUUCAAAGAAUUCUUGGAUGCCCGGAAUCCAACAAAACAGCAUUCUUUUACCCUGGAGUCUUAUCUGAUCAAGCCUGUUCAACGUGUUCUAAAAUAUCCACUGCUACUGAAAGAGCUAGUGUCUCUAACCGAUGCAGAGAGUGAGGAGCAUUAUCAUCUAACAGAAGCUCUAAAGGCAAUGGAGAAGGUGGCCAGUCAUAUUAACGAGAUGCAAAAAAUCUAUGAUGACUAUGGCAUGGUAUUUGAUCAGUUAGUUGCAGAACAGCCUGGAACUAAAAAAGAGGUCACAGAACUUUCAAUGGGCGAGCUAUUAUUAUACUCUUCAGUUACUUGGUUAAAUCCAUUUCCAUCCCUGAGUCGAUUGAGAAAAGAUCCUGAAUUGACCGUCUUUGUUUUUAAGCGAGCUGUCAUACUGGUUUAUAAGGAGCUCUACAAAUUUAAAAAGAAAACUGGAACAAUUCCACGUUCAGCCUACAUCCAUGGUGAUAUCGAUCAGUUUAAAUUCAGAUGGUUGAUUCCACUGUCAGCUCUUCAGGUCAGAUUGGGAAAUGCUGCAGGCACAGAUACCAACUGCAUCUGGGAAUUAAUCCACACUAAAUCUGAGUUAGAAGGACGGCCUGAAACAAUUUUUCAGUUGUGUAGCAGUGAUCCUGAGAGUAAAACAAACAUAAUUAAAGUGAUACGUUCAAUUCUGAGAGAGAAUGUUCGCCGCAAUAUGUCCAAAUCAGAAGUACUGUUUGAGAAACUGAAUAAAGAUCAUAUAAUUCCUCUGAGAAACAGAGUGCCAUCCUCUGCUAAAAUUGCAUCAACACGAGCAUCAAAAUUGUUCAAACAUUCUCCAUCUUAUUGGAAUCAGGACUCUGGGAGAGGUAAUGCUAUUGAUUCUGACGAAUGUAGCCUAAGCAGUGGGACACAAAGCAGUGGCUGCCAUACCUCAGAGAGUGGACUAGAGCACAGUAACCUUCCAUAUCCAAAACAAGAUCACAGUGGUAUAGAAGAACGACAGGAAGAUGAAGUAAAAGAAUCAGACAUUUUGAGUGAUGAAGAGGAUUGCUGCAAAUCAAAAGAUGACAAUUUGACAAACGAAAUCAAAGAACAAUUUGAGAAAAUGCAAAUUGAUGUUGAUAAAGUGGAUGUAGAGCAGGCAUCAAAUAAUAACCACCUGGAUACAGAAGAGCUGGAACAAACAGAUGGUCACCCCAGGCUUGUGCGAGGCCACUUCUGUCCAAUCAAAAGAAAAAAUACCAGUACGAAGAAGAAAAAAGGUAAUUUGUUGGCCAUGCAUGAGCACAACCGAUCUCUGGAUAGUCAAUCUGAUGGGCCAAACAUUGACUUGAAUUCUGUUUUGGAGAGAGAGUUUAGUGUCCAGAGCCUAACUUCUGUAGUUAAUGAAGACUGCUUCUAUGAAAACAUUGAAAGUAAUGGUGAACCCUAAAGUCAGCAUCUCAAUUGAGUGCUGCUGUUUAUAUAAUGAUCAGGUAUUGAAGUUAGUUUGUUGUCUUUAUUUUAAAUCUUCAUGUUGUACUGUUCUAGUCAGUUUUUGACUUUGAAAGUAAAGAUCAAACUUUAUAAAGAAAAGCAAUGUUUACUGCUGACUACACUUAGAUCAAAGCCUCAGAAACAUAGAUUUUAAUUCUUGUUUUUGUUAACAAAAACAAUGAGCAUAUUAGCCAAUAGUUUGUCAGUUGUAUAAAAUAAUUGUUUAGUUUCUACAAUACACUAAUUUUGUAUUGGAAUUACAAAUGAGGCAGGUAUUGAACAACUAAAAUAAUGAGAAGUUAAAUUGCUUAUUUUAAUAAGCUGUAAAUCUUAAUUUUAUUUAUAGAUGGAAAAUAUUGGUUUAUAUUUGUAGCAUCAAGAUAAUGGAAUUUAUUCCAUUGUGUCUGGUUUUAAGUUUUUAGAAAGCAAAGUACGGCACUGUUUGCCAUGGUAAACCUUUGGCGGCCUGACACACAGAGCUCAACUUAUUUAACACUCUCUUCAGCACUACAGCUUUAAGAGGCAGCAGUAUAUAUGUGCCUCAUUGUGCUCACAUUCUUAAGGUGUCUUUUUUUGCUUUGUACAUAAACUUUGGAGGUUGUGUAUAUUGUAAUUUUAUGAAAACUGUCUGCAUUGUAAUGCUGGUUUUAAUUGGUUAUAUCCUUUUGAAUGACUACUUGAUAUCACAUGCUGAGAAGUGUUGGAUGUGAAAUAAAUAUUCACAUUUUACUCAAGAUGUCUGCUAUGCUAGUGAUGAUCUUAAAGUGAAGAAAUUGUCAAAUUGUUGCCAAAGUACCUUGUCCAAUUAAAUUUCUUAUAAACAUUUGUAAAUUUGAUUAGCUACUGAAAAAGGGUAUUUUUGGAACAAAUCCUACUUCACACUACAAACUUCUAUAUUAUUUUAGAGUUUUAACAUAGUUCCC